AAACCUGUAAGUUUAACAAAUAUUUUAACUUUAAUUUUGUCAAAUUUAAUGUACGAAAGACAAGGAAAGACGCGAAGAGAUAUUCUUGCGUUUGCGUUGUCUUUGUCUUUCAUGUAUUAAAUUUAACAAAAUUAAAUUAAAGUUAAAAUACCUGCUAUUCUAAUAAAUAAUUUAGUUUUCGGCACAAAUAGGUUAAUACCUUUUUUUAUAGGGAAUGUCGAGAUGCGUCGGUUAAUGUAUUAAAAAAUAUAUGGUUUCGUUACAAAAAAAAAAUUAUAACGACCUGUUUCCAUCUGAAUGCUUCACCCUGUAUAUUAAUUUUAUUUGAUACAUUAUUACAUAUGUUAUAUUUUUGUUUUACAUAUUAUACUCUGUGUUUAUUAUAAUAAUGUAAUUCCAAUGUAUAAUAUGCAGAGUCCCGUACACAACUGGGACAAGUUCUCGUGUCUUCAAAGCGGUUACAGAUGGAUAAAAAUACUAUAUUUCGAAAUUAGGUCGUAUUCAAUGAUGCAAAAAUCUGAGAAUAAUUCUGCUCUUUUUUUGCAAUUUUUUUGAAGAAAGUUUCUCAAUUGCGUAGUAAACUCUGUAUAAUAAUGUAGUUUCUCUAUUUGCUUAUUACAUAAAAAAUCCAAACAAUGCGUGUGUUCAAGCUUGUUAAAAUCAUAUGUUCACCUCGAGAUCUAACGAUGACUUUUAUUGCCGCAAAAAAUAUACAUGUACUCUUAGAAAAAAAAAAACUAUGCUCCCAAUGCAUUUUGUAAUCCGCAUAUCAAUAAUGACUUAUAUGCCUCAUAUUGAAGUAGUUUCGCUUUUAUUCCUUCCUUGUUACGUCAGUGGGAGGUUGCAGUCUCACGGAGAGGGUACUUUAUAUAUAUAGCAAAGAUUUUCCAAUCUAUUUCAUAACGAUCGGGGAUGUCAUAAAACAUGGACACAUUCCCUUCGGGUUUACCGAACGCGUAGUGUACUUUUCAUAAAAAUCUCGGAAUAAAAGUGACGAUGUUAAAAUACAAAACAUACGCUUAUCUGUAUGUAAUGUUUUAUUUGAUUCACAAAGACGUUAUUGACGCGGUAAUAUGUGAUGAGGAAGAUACGUUGCAUGUCGGUACAAAAAUUCGCCUGAAGAUUUACAAAGGUAACAGCUCUCACUUCACAUCCACCGAGAGCAUGGUUACGAAUCCAGGAAACAUUGCAGACGACAUAUUGCCCGACCGAGACAGUAUCCUCUAUAUACAUGGAUUCAUGGAGAAUACGGAAGCAGAGAACGCUCGGAUAAUAAUUAAAGCUUAUCUGGACAAGGGAGACGUGAACGUCAUUUUACUGGAUUGGGGAGAUAUAGCAUUUCAUAUUAAUUACGUUUACGUGUCCAGUCAAAUUGUUACAAUAGGGAAGGCGGUUGCUGAAUCCCUAAACAAACUCGUCGAUCUGAUCGAUUUAGACACGUUGCACGUGGUUGGGCAUUCUUUGGGCGCUCACAUAGCUGGGAAUAUCGGCAGAUACGCGAAUAACAAUCUCAGUCGAAUAACGGGCUUAGAUCCAGCGCUUCCGCUGUUUUAUCCUUCUACGUGUCACAUCAGAUCAACCGACGCCGAAGCCGUUGUUAUCCUUCACACUGAUGGUGGAUUUUAUGGGACAGCUACCAACACGGGAACUGUUGACUUUUACGCAAACGGGGGCAUCAGUGUUCAACCGGGUUGUCCUAUAAUCUUCGGUGGAGAAUUAUGUAGCCAUCAAAGAUCUGUCCGAAUAUAUGCAGAGUCUCUAAUGAAUCCGAAAGCAUUUCCGGCGCAUAAGUGUCUUAACGAAAUUGUGGAUACCGAGGAAGUCUAUUUCGGAGAUUCGACACCAAAGAACAUAUACGGAACAUAUUGUUUCAAUACCAACGCCAAGCCUCCGUAUGGCAAAACUAUUUAAAAUUUCCGUUCCUUGGAUAAUAUAACAAUACUUUACCUUAUAGACUAGUCAUUUUAUUUCGUAGAUUUGUUUUGGAUCUGUCAUCAUUUUAGUGAAUAUAAGCUUUAAGAUUAAAUACAUCACUCGCUAUAAAUUCUAUUUACGUAAAUCCUUUUUGGUUUCUUAAAUUCACAUCAUAAAUUAGUUUUGAAGUUUAUCUUCUGAUUUAUCUCUGUAUUAUGAUUUUCUUUUCAUAAUGAUAAUACAUUUUUUAACACUGAGAGAAUAAUUUUACGAGCUAUGGGAUAAAUCUUUUCACGGAAAAUGCAAUAGAUUUCAAACAUCGUCGUAUCAUGGUACCUGCAGAUGACAAGCAACACUUUAUUAUCGUCUAUUCUCACAGUAUACGCGUAGCAGACAAGCGAGCAUAACCAUACGCAGUCUAUCUUAGGAUUGCAAAUUCAAAAAGGACUAUCUGACAACCCACGCUACUGUGUAGUUCUCCAUUGCUAAUCAAUUGACGCUGCAUCGAGGGUUCUUUAACCCUAUUGUGUUCCAUCAAGGAUACACACAUGGUUGUGUGUGCUCUAAGAAAUUUACUUCCACGAAAAUCUCUUAAUAAUUUAUCAAUAUACAGAGUGCCUAUGCUGCUAACAAGAAUUUCUUUUCAAUAACAAACAAGAAACAGAGAGAGAGAGAGAAUAUUAAUACAUAUCAUUACUAAUACUAUUAUUAUUAAUAUUUAAUUUAACGGGUAUAUUUAUGAACAAAUAAAAGUGUCGUUAAUGUGAAAAGAUAAUAUCUUUAUCAUGUACAGUCUGUUUCAUUACUAACUACUUCAUUUCCUGCGUCUGGAAGCCACAAAUAGCAUUUCCGUUCACGAAUGCUGAACCCGUCUAAAAGAUUAAAUCUACCUACCGAUUUGGCAAAGUGACGCAUGAAUAGCUGCUUAUAAUUUCAUUUUAAACGUACAUCGUCAUGAAUAAUUAAUAAGAAUCGCGACGUUCCUCUUGACGCGUAUUAUACCCGGAACCUCCCAUUCAACGACGAUAACAUUCCACGUAUUUAUCACUUACAUCUCGCAACAGCAAGCCAGAAGUGUUCCAUUUUUUAAGUUUUAUGUACAAAUUACUAUAAUCAAAUUAGCGAAUUUUAAUAACACAUUCUACAUAUAUAUAUAUAUCUUAUCAAAAUUAACUUUUAUUCAAAAUAUUUAUUUGAUUUGUCAGUUGCUCCGUUACCUUAUCUUAAAUAACAUGAUUUUUGUGAUAACAUAUUUGGCAAAUUUUGUUUUAGUUUUAGACAGAUAGUUUUAGACAGAUAACGACAAGCUUCGUUUUCAAAAAUAUCACAAUUAAUUCUUGAUUAUAACGUAAGAUUCUGUAAAACUGUACUUAGAAAUUCUUUAAAAACGUCCUGUUUAGUAUAAUUAGCCUGUGUUAACUCCGCGAAAACCGCGCUAAUUGUAAGCAAAGUAGAACUAUUGUGGAAAUAAAUUUAGUGCUGACAUGGACAAAAAUUCGUGCUCUAUAUAAAGCAACCUAUGCCUUGAUUGUAAUUUAUAACCCAUUCACCAAAUUACUGCGAUUACGCAGUGAAACGCCACACAGUAAUGUUCAAUUCUACCUGCCUAAUUGAAACACAUGCGUCUACUGUUCAGAUAUCCAACCGUUCGAAGACCGACCCAACGUGUAGUUAAUUGUGUUGUUAACAUGCAUAACCGCGGCGCGGCAGCUAGCUGCGUAAAGCAAUGUUCGCGCACGCGAAUGCAUUCUAAUCGAACCAAUUAAAUUAACCUGACAGCGCAACUGGUUCGUUACCAACGGGCAUCCGUGUGCCCGCGAGAACUCUUGCCAUUCGCGUCGUUCGAAAGACUUCCGAAAAACAACUGCCACUUUUCUCUUCCUGGCUAUGCGUUCUGCAAAUUAUCAACAGGCUACGCGAUAUUUCAACCGGCGCGCAGCGAUACCCGAACGGGUACGAUACAUCAACUUCAUCGCGGCUUCUACACGCCGGUCGCUUAGAGAUUUCUUAAACGCACCAUUGCAAUUCAUACUGUCGCCAUA